ACGUGAUGACGAGACCAAAAGGCCCUAGCGUGGUGUGUAACGUAACAUUCCAUUGAGAAGAAGAGGGAAAGAUGGCGUCCUCUAACAAUCCCCGCAAAUUUAGCGAGAAAAUCGCUUUGCAUAAUCAGAAACAGGCGGAGGAAACUGCUGCGUUUGAAGAAGUGAUGAAAGACCUAAACAUCACCAGAGCUGCGCGGUUGCAGUUACAGAAGACCCAGUAUUUGCAACUAGGGCAGAAUCGUGGACAGUACUAUGGAGGCUCACUGCCCAAUGUCAAUCAGAUUGGAAAUGGCAACAUUGACCUGCCUUUUCAGAACUCGGUACUGGAUACCAGCCGGACAACUAGGCACCACGGGUUGGUGGAGCGUGUUUACCGUGACCGGAACCGCAUCACAUCACCUCACCGCCGGCCGCUGUCAGUCGACAAACAUGGACGCCAGAUUGACAGCUGUCCUUACAGCUCAGUUUACCUCUCCCCACCGCCAGACACUAGCUGGAGAAGGACAAAUUCGGACUCUGCCUUACACCAGAGCACCAUGAAUCCGAAGCCCCAGGAGGUGUUUGCAGGGGGAUCACAGGAGUUGCAGCCUAAACGAGUACUGCUGCUAACAGUGCCUGGGACGGAGAAUUCAGAGUCAAAUGCAGACAAGGAUGCGCAGGAACAGUUAUGGGAUGGCGAGAAGGAUGAUUCAUCAAAGCCCAACACGUGUGAUGUCCCGGGAAUCAAUAUAUUCCCAUCACCAGACCAGGAGUUGAACCCGUCCGUGCUCCCAGCUGCACACAACACCGGUGGUUCGCUGCCUGACCUUACCAACAUCCAGUUCCCUCCUCCACUGUCCACCCCGCUGGACCCCGAGGACACCGUGGCCUUCCCCUCCCUCAGCUCAUCCAACAGCACGGGCAGCCUGACCACCAACCUCACCCACCUGGGCAUCAGUGCUGCCAGCCAUGGGAUCCCCACCUCCUCUCAACCCACCAUGACUGUGACGGCACAGCGCCGGCAACCACCCGUGGUGCCGCUCAGUCUCACCUCUGACCUCCAUCUCCAACAGUCCCCACAGCAGCUUUCCCCCACCCUCUCCUCACCCAUUAACAUCUCGCAGGUCGUGCCAACAGAGUCGAUGACCCUGGAGCAGCAGCUCUCUCAGUUCCCGCUGUUCAACCAGCUGACUGCUCAGGCCCAGGCUCAGCUGCUCAGUGAGCUCCAGAAGCAGCAGCAGAUCCUGCCGCAGGGCAUCCAGCUCAUCACCUUGCCAACUCUGGCCUCCCCUGGUACCACUGCAAGCAGCCCCUCCCCAGACAGUCAGAGCCAGACCACCGCCAGCAUCAGUAUCGGCUCGUACCGCAAUCAGACUGGCUCACCAGCCACUCAGUCUCCAACCUCCCCAGGCUCCAAUCAAGGCUUCUCCCCCGGCGGCUCGCCUCAACACAUUCCCUUGGUGGGCAGUAUAUUUGGCGACUCCUUCUAUGAUCAGCAGUUGGCUUUAAGGCAGACCAAUGCCCUUUCUCACCAGCUGGAGCAGUUCAAUAUGAUCGAGAACCCCAUCAGCUCCACCAGCCUUUUCAACCAGUGCUCCACCCUUAACUACACACAGGCAGCCAUGAUGGGCCUCACCGGGAGCAGCCUACAGGACUCGCAGCAACUCGGCUACAGUAGCCACGGCAACAUCCCCAACAUCAUCCUAACAGUCACAGGGGAGUCUCCGCCGAGCCUCUCCAAAGAGCUGACCAACUCUCUGGCGGGGGUUGGUGAUGUCAGCUUUGACGCAGACUCUCAGUUCCCUCUGGACGAGCUGAAGAUCGACCCGCUCACCCUGGACGGACUGCACAUGCUCAAUGACCCCGACAUGGUGCUUGCCGACUCCGCCACCGAGGACACGUUCAGGAUGGACAGGCUGUAACAUGAGAGGCUGACUGUGGACGAGAACAAGAAGAAAAAAAACCCACACUAACUUGUGAAUGGAGAGAAGCAAAGGGCCUGAUGAACCCUCUCCCUCGUUGCAUGGCCGUCCAGCUGUCCGACCUCGCCCUCGACUCCGUGAAGCCCUUUGAAACGAUGCGCCACCAAAAGACAACAGGGAAAAAGACAUCCAGUGGCUUGCCCAGGGGAAUGGCCUCGCUGUCAUUUUGAAUGAGCUCGGCGCUUUCGCUAGCCUGCUGUGUUUACGGUGUACCAUUACAUGCCACAUAUAUUCCAAAAACGCACAUUUGACAAUUUUUUUCUUUAUUUUCAUAUCCACUUUAAUAUUUGUUUUGUUAUUUGCUUGUAGCAGGAAGCUGCUAGGACAUUGGGCUAAACCGUACCCGUUUUAUAUUGGCUGUGUUAAAAAA